UCGUGCGGAGUUGUGUAACGUAAGUUUGAGGAACCGUGGAAGUAAAAAUUGUCUUCUAUGUCUAGGUAAUGAGUUAUCACAAGCACCGUUCAUUUAUUUUUAUGAUAAAUAUAUUCUGUGAAAAUAAUCAUUCAAAAUACUGUUUGUCACAUAAAAAAAAUUGAAUAUUUGGAUCCUGAGGAACUUAUGUGAGGAUUUUGUUUUCAAACAAAAUGAAAGAAAAGCAAGGCCUCUGUAUUUGUUGAAAGCUGACGCUGGUAUGGGCUAGCAGAACUGGGCAUCUGAAACUUCUCUGUCCAGAUGGACUCUCGUGUUAACGUGACUAUUGCAAUAUGUCCUUAUCUGGUCGAGCUUUAGUGUGCCAUCCUCACCCUUUGGAGCCACAUAAAGCUGCAUCAGUGAACUUUACUCAUGGUGACACAAGAAAUAUGGACCCCAGCAGUGUGGGGAGUCAACUUCCCUACAAAACUAUUUCACCUCGAUUCACAGGAUCAUCUUGUCAAGCUUUGCGGCAUGCGGUGGCAGCCUUAAAUCGAUUGGAUGAUUUUACAUGUGAAAAAAUUGGUUCAGGUUUUUUUUCGGAAGUUUUCAAGGUAACUCACCGAACUACGGGUCAAGUGAUGGUACUCAAAAUGAAUACGUCUUUUAGCAACCGGCAGAACAUGCUUCGUGAGGUUCAGCUGAUGAAUCGACUGUCUCAUCCUAACAUUCUCAGGUUCAUGGGAGUGUGUGUUCACGAAGGACAGCUACAUGCUCUGACUGAGUAUAUCAACGGAGGCAGUCUAGAACAGUUAAACCUUAACAAGAAUGAAAUUCUUCCAUGGACAAUAAGGCUGAAGAUUGCGUUGGACAUCGCCCGUGGGAUGACCUAUCUUCACUCCAGAGGCGUCUUCCAUCGUGACCUGACGUCCAAGAAUGUUCUUAUCAAGAGAGAGGCCACCAAUCUGACCGCUGUUGUAGGAGACUUUGGUUUAGCCGAAAGAAUACCAGAUGAAGCAAGUGAUCAGGCCCACAGACUUCCAAUUGUUGGUUCUCCUUACUGGAUGGCGCCAGAGUGCUUAAAGGGAGAGUGGUACAAUGAAAAGGCUGAUAUUUUCUCAUAUGGAAUCAUUCUGUGUGAGUUAAUUGCUAGAAUUGAAGCAGACCCCGAUAUUUUGCCAAGGACUGAGAACUUUGGUGUAGACUAUAAGGCUUUCAGCAAGAUGUGCCCAGACUGUCCUCCGGAUUUUUUAAAAUUAGCAUUACACUGUUGCAGGAUUGACCCUAAAUAUCGUCCAUCAUUCAAAGCAAUAACUGAAGAGUUGGAAACGAUGGUUUAUUCUGAAAAACCUCAACUUAAUGGUGUAUCAUAUAGAGCCAAGCAGGCUCCUCCUGGGGGUGAACGGGAUGAAGAUGAAACAGAAAGCUACAGAAGUGUCCAAGCCAUCUUCAGUAACCGGAGAAGCUGGUGUGAAGACAACCAACAGCUGAUACCGGUUGAAACUCCUCGUAAAAUCAGGGCCCCUCCUGUGACUCCAAAAGACAUUGGGGAUGUAAUGUCAAAAGAUGACCCCCAUUAUGUCCCCAAUAGCAACUCACAGAAUCCUUUCAAUACACAUUUUCUUUUUAAGGGACAAAAGAAGAUUGUGGAACAGCCAGCAAUUUUGUCCCCCAGCUGUUCUUAUGACCUUCCAUCUCCCUCAGGAGCACCAACUCCUCCUUCAAGCCCAAUCAGUCCAGAAGAGUCUUUGUCCUCAGCAAAGGUGUCUCUGUCCACAGGACUUCAAAGACUUUCUGUCCAUUCUCAAGCUCCUUCUCCAACAUUACUGCAGCAGACAUUGAGACAUAUUUCUAGCUGUAAAUCAGACAGCCACCUACCUGAAUCACCUAACUCUCUUUCUCCGGAACCACCAGCUGAGACCAGACUUGUAGUAUCAAGUUCCGUCCAAAACAAUUCAAUAUGCUGUGAGAAGAGUGAAGAAGAAAAUGAGAAUGUUGGCUUUGUGUCAUUUAGUUCAGUUUCCACUUUAUCACCACUCUUGCAACACAAUCAGAUUUUUUCCAGUGCCAAAGUACAUAGUUCCUGUACACAUUUCAAAUCAAAUGGAUCAUGGGAGGGCAGUGAACAGUAUUCUUGUUGUUUUGAAGAGGAAGGAAGGUCAGGAAGCUGUUUCAUUUCUGAGAAAGAUUCUAGUCAAGCAGCUCUGGGAAGGAAAAGGCCAUCUUCCUACCACUCAGAUGACUCUGGCUGUUACUGUAAUGUCCCUUGUUCACAGCAGGCAACAGAAAUGGUGUUGCUAAAUGUGAGAAAUAAUGUGGAAUCCAGUUUAGAAGAAUUGAGUGUGCAUGAAAGGGACUCUGUUACAGAGGAUGACCCAACAUUAAACACCAGCCAUCUUACUAAAAGUAUAUUGAUACGUAAUGAGCUAAAGCCCUCUAGCUGUGAGUCUGUUGACUUCAAAAACUGGCCAAAGUUGCCUAGUCAAAAUUUUUUUGUUAGAGAAGGGACAAAAGAUCGUGAAACAGUGAUUGAACAACCUCAUUCUGAUACUUUCCUGUUUGGUAAUGGAAGGCUGCUUCAACCUGGAAGGACAGCCAAGUUUCUCAAGACAGCAGAGGAACAUAAAGAAAGGCUAGAUUAAGAAAAGAAAAACAAAAAGAAGAUGAAGGAAAGCUUGUAGAUCUUGUAACUAGUAAAGAUAUUUAAUAUUCUGAAUUUACCGAGUUUUAAAAAACUUGGAUGUCAUAGGCAGUAUGCUACAGUGAAGUUUUGAGUGAGAGAGCUUAUCAUUAUGAACUAUUAAUUUUAUCAACUCAAGCUUAUGAGUAGAAUUUUAGAUGAGUUGGCUGUGUAGUCUUAGCUCAGCAAAAAAUAUGUUUAAAUUGCUAAAUUCAUGAUGCAAAUUUCAGUAUUGAUAUUUCUUGAGUUAAACUUUAGACAAGCUUGUCAAAGUGUUAUAAGCUGUUUUGAAAUUUUCUAUAAUUUAAAUUGGAUGCCAUUUGUUUUCUUUGAUUGGCUUCUUUUUUUAUAUGUAAUGUAUUAUUGGGCACUUUGAUGGAAAUCUUCAAUGCACUUUGCUGUACCUUAAGGGCUCGUUGCUGUUGAAUUUACAAAGUGGUACAGAACUUGUCCAUUGAAGAACUCAAACUAAUAGCUGUCUGUAGUGCAGUACUUGUUUUAGCUUAUAAUAAUAAUUCUCAAUGAAUGAAUGUGAGACAGUUAAGUCGAUUUUUAAGCAAAUUCAGAUUUGGUUCACAAAUUUAUGGAUUUCUUGCAAAAAUAGAAAGUACCUGCAGCAACAACAUGUUGACUAGUUGAAGCAACUGGAACAAAAUGGGACUUGAAACUUAAUCGAGUUGCAGAAUGAACUUUAUGGGUGAAAUAUAGGAACACUCCAAUGAAAAGAAUCAGUUAAUUUAAGGCAGUUUUAAAUAUAUUCUAGAUAAUGUUUUAUGACCGUAUAUUAUAUGUUGAUGUUUAAAAGAAGAGAAGAGAAUGGUUUCUACAAAAGUCCCAUUCAUUUGGAAUGUUUGCAGUAUUCUGUGACCCUUGCAGUAAACUUAUUCAUGACUUUGAUACCUUAAUUAUUUUUAUUUAAUCUUCCAUUAAGCACUUAUUAAAUAGAAAAUAUCUUAGUUUUUCUCUGUUAUUAGAGUGCUCCUAUUUUUCAUCCAAGUUAUUUUUCAGUUUUCUCAAAUAAUCAUGUCUUGUUGAAGCAGGUAGUAUUUGGUUUGUUAACUCUAUCCAUAUUCUUUUUGUAAAAAAACUUUAAUUUCUAAAAACUUAAUGUCUCAAAUCUAACUAUUUUCUUGCCAUGUGGUGGUCUUUCUUACAUACAGUUAGCAUCCUUACCACUUUCACUUGUCAUUUGAACAGAGUGGCCUUCUAAAAAGUUGCUCAUUAUGACCCUCCAUUGGUCAGUUUGAAAGAUUUGUUGUGAAAAGUAUCCGCAGUAUGUAUUUUAAAACCCCAUCUAAAAUAUGUAUACAUGUAUGAAAAGUGUUUUAUCAAGUAGAAUAAUAUAUUCUCAAGUUAAUCUUGUACAGAGUUUGUAAGUUAUUGACAGAAUCCAGGUAUUCAUGAUGUUGUUGGUUUACCUAGUUUACCAGCUUUCUCAUUAUCUGUUAGAGAAGGAAGUUACUUUCAUAUUUCUUUUAUACUGUUAGAAAAUUUGGAAAGCUGUACACUUACUUUCAAGCAUUUUAAAACAGUAGAUGUUUUGAUUUAAAAAAAAAAUGCUAAUUAUGAUUAUUAAUAUUGAAGUUGGUUUAUUAUUAUUGAGGCUGGAAUUAAUUGAAUGUAUGUAGUAUUUAAUUUUUUUUUCUCAUUAAUAAAAUUAGUAUCAGAAAAUUAUAUUUAUAAACUCUUUCAUCAAUUUUUAAAAAUCAGCUUUAGACUCAAUUACCAAAGACAGACAAUUUUGCUUUUAUAACAGUGUGACCUCACUAUGAAAAAUUGUUUUUCUUGUAUAAAUACUAAAAAUGUGGUUGAAGCUUUUGUAAAUGACCAAAUAAGAAUUGUCUUGGCUUACUUGCAGAUCUAAAACAAUCUUACUUUUAUUGUAUAGAUCUAUAAGUAAAAUUCAAAACUUGUAAAGCAUUCUAAUAAUUAUUUCACCAAUUAGCUUAUAAACAUAGAAAUCUUCAAAUUGAAACACUUGACAUUUUACACUGAAGUAAGCUUCCUUAGACAGGUUAGUAAUUUUGUAAAAUACAAAAAAAUAAAUUAAAAUUGAGGACAUUUUUUAAACUUCAGAAGACAAAGUCAAUCAAAAUACAGCUUGAAGAAGAUCGUUACAAAUACAACAAAUAAAAUUUCUAGUUUUUAGAAGCUCUAGUCAUACUGACAUUUUUCCUGUUACAUUAAAAUGUGUUUGUUUUUUCUGAAGCAGUGUGUGAUACUGAAAAUGUCUGCAAAAUAGCUGAUACAAAAAGUUAUGGUAUUUAUUUCAGGAGCUGUAAAACGAGUUUAAAGCUUUUAAAUAUGGUUUGCUUUUAGAAUAUGAAAAUGAGGUAGAUUAGUUUUCUGUGAUGCUACAAAUAAGAAUUAUGAUUUUGAGUUGAAGUUAAGAUACUUGAUUUAUGAACUAGUGUAUUAGAUAUAGCAUAUUUGCUUUCUGUUUACUUAAUAUUGUGAAUAAUGUCUUUGAUACUUUGUUUUAUCUGUGUUAAAUCAGAACGUUCACUUCUUAAAAGAGAUUGGAAGAACUUACUGCUUUAAAACAAGUCUGAAUGUUUCUGCAGCUUCUUCUUCUGAACUCAGAGGUACAAAUUCUAUGCUUGCUGACUAACAGAGAGAUUGCUGGUAAACUAGUUGCAUGAAAUGUAACCUCAGAUCUUCCAUGAAUUUAAUAAAAAAUUUUUAUCAUA